AGCCGCGAGAGAUCGCGAGAAGGGAGCUUGGCCGAACCGGUCGACCGAUCGACCAGAGGAUCGGCCUCCUCGUGCGCGACCGGCUCCACCGCCACCACCUACACCGCUUACUGGCGGCCCAGUGAAAUGGAGGAGAAGUCCUCGGCUCGGUUCUCCGAGUAUCUGUUCGCCAAGAUGGAUGGGCAGGACGUCUCGGCCUCUCAGGGUCCCCGUAAGGUGACCGCCGACACCAGGAAGUUCAUGCGGGAAAACCUCCUUCUUGUGGUCACCCUCUCCGGCGUGCUGUUCGGCGUAAUACUCGGUUUCGGUCUGCGACCGUUGGGCCUCGGCGAUGACGCAGUUAUGCUAAUCAGUUAUCCCGGAGAGCUCUUCAUGAGGCUGUUGAAGUUAAUGAUCUUGCCGCUGGUGAUCGCCAGCCUUAUAUCCGGCUCGGCCAGCUUGAACGCGAGAAUGAACGGGAUGAUCGCGGUGCGCACGCUGGUCUACUUCAUCCUGACGUCCCUGUUGAACGCCGUCCUCGGCGUGAUCCUGGUGAUACUGAUCCACCCGGGCAAUCCGGGGAUCAGAAAGUCGAUGACGACCUCGCACAACGGAAGGGCCGUCAACAUCCUGGACAGCCUGCUAGAUUUGGGGAGAAACAUGUUCCCGGACAAUAUAUUCCAAGCGGCGUUCCAGCAAGCACACACGGUAUACGUUCCAAAGACCCAGCCGUUCCGGAACAUGACCGACACCAUCUCGACGGAGGUGAUGGGCGACGUGGAGCUGACGAGAGUCACGCAGUACAGAAGCGGAACGAACACGUUGGGCAUAGUGUUCUUUUGCCUGGUGUUCGGCACGUUCUUAGGUACGCUAGGCGAGAAGGGACAGAUCGUGAUCGACUUCUUCAAGGCUGUAUUCGAGGUCAUCAUGCGCAUGGUGUCGACCGUAAUGUGGAUGACACCGGUGGGCAUCACCUCUGUGAUCGCCGGUAAAAUACUCGGGGUGACCGACUUGGCGCUGGUGAUGUCGCAGCUCGCCUGGUUCAUCGUCACGAUCUUGAUCGGUGUGUUUUUCUAUCAGCUGGUGAUCAUGCAGCUGAUCUACCUGGCGGUCGUGAGAAAGAACCCUUUUAAAUUCUACGCCGGCCUCGCCCAGGGCACCCUCACCGCCUUCGCCAUGGCAUCAACGGCCGCCGCACUACCGGUCACGUUCCGCCUGAUGACGGACAAGCUCAGAGUCGAUCCCCGAGUGACCAGGUUCGUCCUGCCGAUCGGCUGCAACAUUAACAUGGACGGGACGGCUCUGUUCGUCGCUGUCGCGAGCAUAUUCAUCGCGCAGAUGCACGGCAUCGCUUUGGGCUUCGGCGAGAUCGUCACCGUUAUCUUAACGUCGACCGCCGCAUCCGUGUCCUCGGCUUCGGUGCCGAGCGCCGCGCUGGUUCUACUGCUCGUCGUGCUCAGCGCCAUCGACGCUCCCGUUUACAACGUGUCGCUCCUCUUCACCAUCGACUGGUUCGUGGACCGCAUUCGGACCACCAAUAACAUGCUGGGCGAUUGCUACGCGGCCGCUGUCGUCGAGCAACUGUCGAAGAAGGAACUGAUGGCAUUGGACGCGGCAGCUUAUCAGUCGGAGACCGUUCUGCCGACCACGAUCGCGAACGGAUGCAUUUCCGCCAAUCGAGUACCUGACCCUGACACCAUCGUAGUUGAGAUGCAGGACGAUUCGAGGAUAGCCGGCAUCGCCAAGUAAACAAGCUUGUUGCAUCAGCGUGUUGCAGAUGCCCAGGAGCGUCACGGAGGAGACCGUUUGACCGCUGAUUCGUCCCGAGAUUAGUUCGAAACGUGCCCGAGCGAAUUGUUAACGAACGCACACUUUCAUCUCGGGAAAGUUCGACGAACGACGCGCGUUCACGCGUGAACACUAGACGAACUAACGCGAUGCCGCGAGUGUCCGCAAGAAACAUUCCCCGAUUGCGACGAUCCGCGAGCCGCGCGAGACCGUUCGUUCCCGGGUUGGGUCAGCGCGUUCAGUUCUAUAUAUAUAUAUAUAUAUAUAUACAUAUAUAUACCUGUACACAUGCCACGAGACAAAGGGAAAACAAUUUA